GGUCUUAUACGCAAUACUUCCUGUGUCCAUGUGAGACACACACACCGCUGCUACUAGCUAAAGGAAAACAUGCUUCGUCGGGAGGUGAGGUUGAGGCGGGAGUACCUGUACAGGAAGGCUCAAGAAGACAGGCUCCGCACGAUCGAAGAGAAGAAACAGAAGGUGAAGGGAGCCCUCGAAGAAAACCGUGUCCUUCCAACUGAUGUACGAAAAGAUGCUCUGCAGCUACAGAAACUACUGGAGUAUGACGAUGAAGGGGCAGAAGGAGUCAGCUCUCACAUGGAUGAUGAGUAUAAAUGGGCUGGAGUUGAAGAUCCAAAAGUCAUGGUCACCACAUCCAGAGACCCCAGCUCUAGGCUGAAAAUGUUCGCCAAGGAGGUGAAGCUGAUGUUCCCUGGAGCCCAACGUAUGAACAGAGGAAACCAUGAGAUCAAUGCGCUGGUGAGAGCCUGCAAAGCCAACAACGUUACAGACCUCGUCAUCAUCCAUGAAACAAGAGGACAGCCAGAUGGGCUGGUGGUGUGCCACUUACCAUUUGGACCCACAGCUUAUUUCACACUUUACAAUGUGGUAAUGAGGCACGAUGUUCCUGACAUAGGCACCAUGUCUGAGGCCUACCCCCACCUCAUUUUUCACAACUUCACGACGCGGCUUGGCAAGAGGGUAUCGAAUAUCCUCAAGUAUCUGUUUCCAGUGCCCAAAGAGGACAGCAGGCGUGUCAUCACAUUUGCAAAUCAAGAGGACUUCAUCUCUUUCAGACAUCACACCUACAAGAAAACAGAUCACAAGAACGUAGAACUGACAGAAGUGGGACCGAGGUUUGAAAUGAAAUUAUACAUGAUCAAACUCGGCACCCUUGAAAAUGAGAACACAGCGGAUGUUGAGUGGCGUCAUCAUGCGUAUACACACACGGCAAAGAAAAGGAGGUUCCUCAGUGUGGAAUAGGAACUGAUAAUAAACUAAUACACCAUAAACUGAGUGUUACGGCUCUUUGGACUGUUUUGUACAUGUCUUUUUUUUUUUAAAUUAAAAAAAAAAAAAGAAUGGGUUUUUGAAAAUGCAGUCAGUUAUGGCCAAAGAAACAUCAUUUUGUUAUUAUUUUAUUAUAUUAUGGUUACAUUUUAUAAUCGGUAUGUAACAAAACAUCAAAAACUAACUGUUUUUCAAAUAAGUUGAGCCUUUUCAAAAAAAUAAACCUUAAAAGAAUAAUGUACAAUGCUGUACUUAUGAGUGUUAUGCUGUUUUGUAAUAAAAUGUGUUACUGAUA